GAAAACAUGACUUUUCAGAAAAAUUCAAUAGUUUUUUUUUCUGAUAUAACCCGUUCUACUCUUAUCUUUAAACUUUUUUUUUUCGUAAACACUGAGUAACAAUAACCUUAAAGAUAACAAUACCUUUUGUUGUAUUGAUAGUACUUUGUAUUUAAUAAACGCGCAGAAUAACACUUCAGCAAUUGCCUUUUCUUUUACUUACCAAAAUGUUGAAACUCACUGCUGUGUUGGUAGCUGUGGUCAUCAGCUGUGUGACAGCACAAAGAAUCAGUCCUGGUGGAUGUCCCGUAGUUGUAGUAAAGGAUGGCUUCGACGCUAGCCAAUAUGUUGGUGUUUGGUAUGAGAUCGAGAAAAACCCAGCAGUAUUCGAAGCAGGAUUAAAAUGCAACCAAGCAAAUUACACAGCAGAAAAAGAUUAUAUCCGUGUGGUUAACACUGGAGUCAGCACACUAACUGGAAAGAAAGUAACCAUCUCAGGAAAGGCGACUGUCUCGAACAAAAAUGUUCCAGCAAAACUGAAAGUAAAAUUUGACUCAAUGCCAUUCACUGCAGACUAUUGGGUGCUGGACACUGAUUAUGAAGAGUAUUCCGUAGUCUAUUCCUGCGUAACUACAUUAAAUCUGUUUAAAGCAGAAUACGUCUGGAUUCUUGCCCGUGAUGCAGCUUUACAAGAGGAGACAAAGAACAAAGUUUAUAAAAUUUUGGAUAACAACAAAAUCAGUCGUCAAAGCAUAGUUGCAACUACUCAAGAUUUAACUAUGCAACAAAUUCUCUUUUUAACAUUAAUAGUAGUAACUAUUGGCUUAGUUACAGCACAACGAGUAAGUGGAGGUGCUUGCCCUAAUGUGCCAGUUAAACAAAAUUUUGAUGUCAGCAAGUAUGCUGGUGUAUGGUACGAACUUGAGAAAUAUCCAGUGCCAUUUCAAGCUGGACUAAAAUGCAAUACAGCAAGCUACACAGCUAAAGGUGACUACCUUGUAGUGGUAAACUAUGGAAUAAACAAAAGGACAGGUAGAAAACAUUCCAUUGAAGGAAAAGCUACUAUUCCUGAUAAAAACGUUCCUGCAAAGUUGAAAGUAAAAUUAAAUACUAUGCCAUUCUCGGCCAACUAUUGGGUAUUGGAUACUGAUUACGAUGAAUAUUCUUUGGUCUACUCAUGCCAUAGCGUACUACGUCUUUUCAAAACAGAAUUUGUAUGGAUUCUAUCUCGAGAAACAGCUUUAGAAGAAACUGCAAGGGCGAACAUUUAUAAAUUAUUGGAUGACAACAAUAUUGAUCGCAAAACUUUGCUUCAUACCGAACAAGAUUGUUAAGUUCAAUUACA